GUAGAACAAAGGGGAAGUGAAUGGAAGGGGAAGCCACAGGCCAGAGAGGAGGCAGGUGCCUGCUCAGGCAAGGCCUGCAGACAAUGACUGGAGCCAGGAUGGACAAGAAGAAAUGGCACCCAGAGAUGCUGAUACCUCUGCAGACAACAAUGGAGGUCCCUGACUGGCCCUACUCCACUCCACCUCAUGGUCCACACAACAGAGUUGGCAUGGUACUAGGGAUGCUGGCUAUCCUGGGACUCAGCUCUGUGACUCUCACCUGGUUCCUGUGGCAAGGGCCCACUUCUUUCACCAGUCCCCAGAUGUUCCCUGAGGAAGUGCCCUCCUGGUCCUGGGAGACCCUGAAAGGAGACACUGAGCAGCAGAAUAACUCCUGUCAGCUCAUCCUUGCGGAAAGUAUCCCCGAGGACUUGCCGUUUGCAGCCGGCAGCCCCGCUGCCCAGCCGCUGGCCCAGGCUUGGCUGCAGCUUCUUGACACUGCUCAGGAGAGCGUCCACAUUGCCUCAUACUACUGGUCCCUCACCGGACAGGACAUUGGAGUCAAUGACUCGUCUUCUCAGCAGGGAGAGGCCCUUCUACAGAAGUUUCAACAGCUCCUUCUCAGGAAUAUCUCCGUGGUGGUGGCCACCCACAGCCCAACAUUGGCCAAGACAUCCACUGACCUCCAGGUCUUGGCUGCCCACGGUGCCCAGAUACGACAGGUUUCCAUGAAACAGCUUACUGGGGGUGUCCUACACUCCAAAUUCUGGGUUGUGGAUGGGCGGCACGUCUACGUGGGCAGUGCCAACAUGGACUGGCGGUCCCUUUCUCAGGUGAAGGAGCUUGGCGCUAUCAUCUACAACUGCAGUCACCUGGCUGAAGACCUUGAGAAAACAUUCCAGACCUACUGGGUGCUGGGGACUCCCCAAGCCGUUCUCCCUAAACCCUGGCCUCGGAACUUCUCAACCCACAUCAACCGGUUCCAUCCCUUGCGGGGUCUCUUUGACGGGGUUCCCACCACAGCCUAUUUCUCGGCCUCUCCUCCCUCACUCUGCCCCCGUGGCCGUACCCGGGAUCUGGACGCAGUGUUGGCAGUGAUGAGGGGUGCUGGCGAGUUCAUCUACGUCUCGGUGAUGGAGUACUUCCCUACCACGCGCUUCACUCACCCAGCCAGGUACUGGCCUGUGCUGGACAAUGCACUACGGGCUGCGGCCUUCAAUAAGGGUGUGCAUGUGCGCUUACUGGUCAGCUGCUGGUUCAACACAGACCCCACCAUGUUCGCUUAUCUGAGGUCCCUGCAGGCUUUCAGUAACCCCUUGGCUGGCAUCUCAGUGGAUGUGAAAGUCUUCAUUGUACCUGUGGGAAAUCACUCCAACAUCCCAUUCAGCCGCGUGAACCACAGCAAGUUCAUGGUCACAGACAAGGCAGCCUAUAUAGGCACCUCUAACUGGUCAGAAGACUACUUCAGCGGCACCGCCGGUGUGGGCCUGGUUGUCAGCCAGAAGACCCCUAGUGCCCAGCCAGCCGUGACCACCGUGCAGGAGCAGCUGAGGCAACUCUUUGAACGUGACUGGAGUUCCCACUAUGCCAUGGGCCUGGACAGGCAAAUCCCAAGCCAGGAUUGUGUCUGGUAGGGCUGAGGGUUGAUCCCUUUGACUCUGGCUUACAGCUCUAGGUGGACGCGGAUACCCACCAGGCUUCCGUCCACCCAAGCUGAGAAACUGGGAAAGCAAAAGGCAUCUCCUGGGGCCUGAGAUUGUCACCAGGCAAACAGCUUCUGGCAGAGCUCUAAAUGGCUUUUAAAUGAAGAGGAGACUAAAGCAGAGGAGGGCACAUGGUGACACGGAAAGAAAGCAACCUCAUCUAAGUGACCCCAGAACCCAGUUGGUCCUCCCUGACCUACCUAUGAUGAGGGUCUAGGGCCGUCCCCAGAUGUAAUGUUGGUGCUGUCUGGCCACAACCCCUAAUAAAACCCUACCACCAGCUUGCACACCUGACCCAGGUCAAAGUGAGCAUUUUCGUGUUCUCUCUCUCCCUCCCUCUUGUCUGAGGUGUGUGUCCAUAUUUAUAUAUCAUGCAGAUGCACAUGCCAUGACCAGAGAUUGGCACUGCGUAUCUUCCUUCACCUUAGGUUUUCAGACAGAGUCUCCCUCUGAAGCCAGAGCUUGCUGGAUUGGCUAGACUAGCUGUCCAUCAGGCAACAGGAAUCCUGUCUCUGCCUCCCCAGCAUGAAAUGACAAGGCACUUGGCCUUUUUGUCUGAGUGCUGGAGACCCGACCUCUGGUUCCCAUGCUUCCACAGCAGAACCUUUAUCUAAAAAGCAACGUUCGCGAUCCCUGUGAGUCGUGUGCUCACUAAGUGUGGGCCCCGAUUUUCCACCAGCCUCCAAGGAAGUGCGUGCUGAAAGGCUUUGUCACGACUUAACCCACAGACUUCUCCUGCCCAGGCGAAGAUGAUUCCAGCACCAGGAAGGUCCAGCCCCUGCCACCCCCCACUUCCUUCAGGGAUCCCUCAGGAGAUCCCUCCUGAAGGCAGCAAUACUGUCUCACAAGCAAAGUGUCCCAUUGAGUGUGUCCAGGACGUGCAGGGACCUCUUUAUCCCCAAGGACUUCAUGGAUACGGUCAGUCCAGCUGAGCCCUGUGUUCAUGAAAAGAAGUUUUGUCUCAGAACUGGGUCCGUGUAGGCUGGGAAGAAGCAGCAACUGAGGAGCCCAGCCAGCCUCAUCAGGAUCUGGAAUUGUGGCUCACCGUGCUGUGGGGCCAGGGCUAUAGAAGGAUGGGGUGGGGCUAAUUGGGAUGGGGCCAGAGCUGCAUAUUAUAGGGGUGGGAUCAGGACCCUGCCUGGAAAUAGUGGGUGGUGAUCUGCAGACCAGUUCUUUUGUCAUCAACCCGGAAGGACUGGAUGCAGGGUUCUGAUUCUGUGUGCCAAGGCAGGGUAUGGGGCCACGUUUGGGAUGGAGUCGUGACCUUUUGAUGCUGGGCUCACACUGAGUUUGGAAGCCUGUCUCUGCACCCAACCUCUUACUUCUGACCAAGACUCGGACAUAGCUGUUGGGGUAAAGAUAAUAAAGAUGGUGAGCUAUCA